AGCCGCUCUCAGUUUUAACGUGGCGAGCUGGCGGCCGGGCGAACCUAGGGCAUGCCGCUUCUCCGCCCGCUCCUCCCCUUGUCCCUCCCCUACCGACUCGUCGCCUCCCGGCCUCUCGCCACCAACUACAGUGGCCGGAUCGUCCGAGUCGACUCGUCCGGCCGCGCCGUCGCUGUCGCCGUCGAGGUCGACCCGCCGGAUCUCACCCGUGACACCCGCGGUUAUGUCCUCCCUCGCCGCGACCUCGUCUUUCGCGUCGUGCGGAUCCUUAGCUCCGCCUCCCCGACCUCCGACCCCCUUCUCGACCUUGCCGACUACUUACAAACCCUAACCCUAACCCCAACCCCCGCCGAGGUCAGCGAGAUCCUCAAGUCCAUCCGGAGCCCCGGGCAGGCCCUCGAGUUCUUCCGCUUCGCCGCCUCCCUUUCCGGAUUCCGCCAUGAUUGCUUUACCUACAACCGGAUCCUCUCCAUCCUCGCGAGGUCGGGGGCCGACCCGGAUGUCGUCCGCGGAAUCGUGGACGAGAUGGAGCGGGAGGGGGUGCGGGGGAGCAUCUCGACCGUUAACAUCUUGAUCGGGAUCGUUGGGGGCGGGGAGCUGGAGCGGUGCCUGGAGCUGGCCAAGAAGUGGGAUCUGAGGUUUAAUGGGUACACCUACAAGUGUUUGGUGCAGGCUUACUUGAGGUCUCGGGAUGUGGAGAGGGCGUUUCGGGUUUAUGAGGAGAUGAGAAGAAAAGGUUACAAAUUGGACAUCUUUGCUUAUAAUAUGCUCCUGGAUGCGUUGGCUAAAGCUAAUAAGGUGGAUCAAGCUUACAAGGUUUUUGCAGAUAUGAAACAUAAACACUGCGAGCCAGAUAUGUAUACCUAUACGAUUCUCAUCAGAAUGUCAGGAAAGUUAGGGAAAACAGAUGACUUUCUCUCUUUUUUUGAAGAGAUGAUAAAAAAAGGCUGUGUGCCUAACCUGUUUGCUUACAAUACCAUGAUUCAUGCACUUGCCAAGAACCGAAUGGUGGAUAAAUCCAUCUUUGUUUUUUCAAAAAUGGUCGAGAAUGAUUGCCAGCCCAAUGAAUUUACAUAUAGUGUUAUGAUAGAUGCUUUAGCAAUGGAAGGGCAACUAGAUAGACUAGAUGAAGUUGUGGAAACAUCUGGUAAGUACAUGAAUAAGUCAAUCUACGCAUAUCUGGUAAAGACACUAAGUAAAUUAGGCCAUGCAAGUGAGGCCCACCACCUGUUUUGUAAAAUGUGGAGCUCUCAUGAAAAAGGCGAUAGGGGUGCUUACAUGUCCAUGCUAGAGACUCUGUGCAAUGCAGGAAAGACAUCGGAGGCCUUAGACUUGCUAAAUAAGAUUCAUGAAAAAGGAAUAACAACUGAUACUGUCAUGUAUAACAUGGUAUUUUCAGCUCUGGGUAAACUAAAGCAGGUAUCCUAUAUCUGUGCUCUUUAUGAACAAAUGAAGCAUAAUGGCCUUUCACCUGAUAUAUUCACUUAUAAUAUUCUUAUCUCAAGCUUUGGUAGAGCUGGUCUAAUUGAUAAAGCCAGUGAACUCUUUGAAGAAAUGGAGAGUAGUGAAUGUAAGCCUGAUGUCAUCACAUACAAUUCUUUGAUAAACUGUCUUGGGAAAAAUGGAGACCUCGAUGAAGCUCACAUGCAUUUCAAGGAGAUGCAAGAGAAGGGAUUGAAUCCAGAUGUUGUCACAUACAGUACCCUUAUUGAAUGCUUUGGCAAAUCAAAUAAAGUUGAGAUGGCUUGCAGGUUAUUCGAUGAGAUGCUUGCUAGGGGAUGCUUCCCCAACAUCGUGACAUACAACAUAUUACUUGAUUGUCUUGAGAAGUGUGGGAAGACAGCAGAAGCUUUUAACCUAUAUGCAACUUUGAAGCAACAGGGGCUGACUCCGGACACAAUAACUUAUUCAAUUCUUGAACGGUUGGAAAGUAGGUCUCACAGAGCUGUAAGAGUUCGCAAGCAGAGUCGCAUAACAGGUUGGAUUGUUAGCCCCUUGAGGUGAUGAAGUCUGGUUGUUUGUAAAGGGAAAUGCUUUUGUUGGACAUGAUGAUAUUUCAAGUUCCCUUUGCAAGUUCAGAAAAUGCAUAUUUUCUGUUUUGGUUAUCAUGUAGAGGUGUCCUUAUCUAGUGAAGUGCUGCACAUGGACUUUGGGUUUCCAAUUUACAAACAAAAGGGAUUGGAGGAGUUCCGUUCCCAAAUAUGAUGCACCCAUGUCCUGGGCUGAAGGUAGGAAAGCUGAUCAUUGAUGUAAGGGUAUUCUGCGACAAAAAGUGUUGGCUUUUGCUUUGAUAGGAUCCACUACUACUCAUCAUUGCAUCAGUUUCUAAGUUUGGAAAGGACUGAUGGCAAUUUUUGAUCAUCAGAGCAGGGUCUCAAAUGCAUUGAUUCUACAAACAUGCAAGCUGCAUGAGAUUAGAAAGAGGAUUCAAUUUCAGGCUAGCGACAAUGAGCUGCUAGAUCAACACCACCCAGUAAUGUUAAAUUAAUUUCUUCAAAUUCCUUUUCCGAGAGAAAUGACAGCAAUCCAAGGAGUUGAGGAAGCAAGAAAGUGUCGAGACGUGGCAUCUGUACUUGGUUUUAGAAAAUGAUAAACGCCAGAGAUGAUGGUAUUAAGCUGUUGAUGGCAUAUGCCAUGUAGGUGGUGUAAUGCGAUCGCAAUUACUAUUCACUAGUGUAAUCAAGCAAGCUAUUCAUGUGAGCAGAGGCUUCUCAAUAGCUAUGGCAACCUUGGCCUAUCUGCUACUUGUUAUAAGAAGUCCUGAGAACCGAAGUGUGAUGGCUUUAAUUCUCAUGUAGUGGUAAGCGUUCUGUAUUUCUUGUAGAUAGCUAUAACCAGUGCUGGUGUCAUAGAUUUGAUUGAGACAUGAAAAAGAGCCCCUAGGUUGGUUCAAAUGCAUUGUCAUCGAUAAUUUUAAAGUCAAAUAAAAAGAAAAAAAAGAUUUAGCAAUUAUUCCAA